AUAUGCUCAAUUUCGGUAGAAAGUAUAUGCCAGAAGUUGAGACAACUCCAACAUGGUCUGUGGCACUCGCAACGGAAUUUCAUUGACGCAUAUUUUGAUAUUCCUUUUACAAGAUGUCGCGGCAUAGAGACGUUAGGAAGUUAGAUUACGACGAAGAAUAUGACGAUGCAUAUGACGAAGAAGUCUAUGGCCACUCGGUUGAUGAUGGCGACUAUGGUGUGUCACCAGGAAUGGAGCAAUAUUUGUACAGCAGAAGUAGAGACAAUACACAUGGAUUUGGUCUAUAUUUUCCAACUGGAGAGGAUAUCAAAGAAGAAGAUUCAUAUGAUAACUCAAAUUAUAAGCCAGAAUCCUUAGAACGAAUCCGUCAUGACUCUUCAAAUUACGUCAAGCCAUCUUUAUCACCAGAGGAUGAGGUUCGUUUAGCAUCAGUUUUGGAUGAACUGCGGAACAUCUUGGGAGACAAAUACACUGAGACGGAAUUGACGCAGACAGUUUUAACUCAUGAGUUUGAGCUUGAUGCUUCACUAAAUGCUCUUCUCAACAAGUCAUCAUCACCAGUGAUAGCACAGUCUCUCCCACAAAGGGAAAAACGAGUUAGAACUAGAGAUAAGCCACUCAUAGCAUCAGGUGUUAAGGAGCUCUCUAUUACACAACAAACGAAUAAAAAUGAUAAGGAUAACUUGGCACAAAGCAGUAAGGUGCCCUCCUUUACAGCAUCUGGUGCUCGUAGUCAGCCUCGUACUCCUGUAGUUGUGACAACACCUGCGAAAAAUGGCAGCACUCUACGGGUGGUGCGUGGCUUUGACAUUCAGGAAGCUGAUGAGAGCACAACAUCAGAGAACAACCUUGGUAACCAUGAACAGGAUUCCAAACGGUCACGUUCCAGUACGCCUGUACGUGGAUGGAAAGACAAAGAGAAAGACAAGGAUAAAGAGACACCCAUAGCAACAAAAACUCCUGCUAGAAUUCGAGACAAAGCUGUAGAUGUGAUGUCAGAAUACAAGGAGCAGAGAGGUAGUGGGAAGAACCUUAUUAAUCUGGUUGUUGUAGGCCAUGUUGAUGCUGGCAAGUCCACCCUUAUGGGUCAUCUCUUGUAUCUCCAGGGUAAUGUUGGUCAGAGAACUAUGCACAAAUAUGAACAAGAAAGCAAGAAAGUUGGCAAACAGUCCUUCAUGUAUGCUUGGGUGCUAGAUGACACUGAAGAAGAGAGAUCCCGAGGUAUAACAGUAGAUAUAGCCCAGAGAAUGUUUGAAUCAGACACCAAGAUAAUAACGCUCCUCGAUGCUCCAGGACACGAGAUUAUUCCUAAUAAUACAGGGGCAGCAAGAGCCGACGUUGCCUUUCUAGUCGUGAGCCCCAGGGAAAAUUUUGAAGCGGGGUUUGAAAGGGGUGGCCAGACCGGGAACUGCUCCUCUUGGAAUGAAAUUAUGUAUUCUCUUUCAGGGGUUUCACAGUUAGUUGUAUCUAUCAACAAAUUAGACUCCGUUGAAUGGAGGGAAGACCGGUUCAAGGAGAUAAAGCAUAGUUUACGACAGUUUCUCAAAACUGUUGGCUUUAAGGACGCCGAUGUAGUGUAUAUUCCAUGCUCAGGUCUUACAGGAGAAAACCUUGUGAAGCCUAGCACAGAAGAGAAAUUAUUAUCUUGGUAUACAGGCCCAACAUUACUUCAGGCCAUUGAUCAGUUGAAAGUACCAGAGCGUAGCAUUUCCCGACCAGUGAGGAUGUGCGUGAGUGAUGUUUAUAAAGGCCAAGGAUCAAAUAUGUGCGUCAGUGGACGACUUGACACUGGUUACAUUCAGCAAAAUGACAGACUGCUUUUACUUCCACAAGGAGAUGUACUUAAUGUAAAAGGUGUGCAGGCAGACAAUAGUUCAACUGCUACAGCUUUUGCUGGUGACCAUGUAACACUAACAGUUAGUGGUGUUGACCCAAGCGUGCUUCAUAUUGGAGACUUUUUGUGUGACCCAACCCAUCCCAUCCCAAUUGUGUCCCGAGUACAAGCUCGCAUUGUUGUAUUCAACAUAAAAGUACCUUUGAUUAAAGGAGCACAGGUUGAUUUUCAUUAUCAAGCUGUAACAGAACCUGCAAAAAUUAGAAAGCUAGUGUCCCAGCUACAUAAGACCAAUGGGCAAAUUGUGAAAAAUAAACCACGAGCACUAGUCAAGAAUACUGCUGCUGUAAUAGAACUAGCAUUCACACGACCUUUGUGUCUAGAGCUUUUCAGAGACUAUAAAGAAUUGGGACGGUUUAUGCUUCGAACUGGAGGCACCACUAUAGCAGCAGGACUUGUAACCCAGAUUUUGGAAUAGACUAUUAAGUAGUUUUAUUGACUCAACCAUGGAUUCAGUGACCUGUAAAGAUGCUAGAUGUUUGAAGCUCAAGAUAUAGGCUUGAAAAAAUUCUUGCCUCCUGAGGAAUCCUACCCAUAACUCAGUUUGUAGGAUGAGAAACUACACCAUUAUCUGGAGUAAUGUUAUCCUGUACUCACAGCACGUGAGCUUUAAACUACGUCUCAAGUCUAGAAGAAACUAUUAUUGGUGUUAACGGAUUCAGUGUGUUUAGAAUUGCUCAUGGCCACCACAGACAAGGCAUAAGAUUUUAACCCACUGACAAAAAUUUAAUAAUAAAUUAUGAUUAUUGCAAAUAAAGUUAGGAUCAGAAACAGUAAUACAUUCAAGGUGUUAUCCUUGCAUGGCAUGCUUCUUUUAGACUGUUAUAAAAUUGGAUUUGUGUGUAGCUUAGGAGAUUGAAACAAAUGUGCUCCUUUUACUUGUAUGCAGCCUUUAUUUAUUGUUGUACAUUGUUAGGGAAAUUGCAUACCUAUUAUAGUAGUAGUAGUAUAUAUUGAACAGCUAUUUAGUAAACAAGUAUUAUUAUUAUUAUUAUUAUUUAUUUAUUUUUUUUUUUUUUUUUUUUUUUUUUUUUUUUUUUUUUUUUAGGUCAAAUGUUUACAUUUAUUUACAUAUUGUAUAACACUAGUGACCUGUAUUGGGAUAUUGUAAUUUAAUAUUUUAAAAAUGGAGAUUAAGAAACAGGCUUACUUUCUGAUUCUUAAUAAUCUCUAUCCAUUAGUGUGCCUACUAAAAUUUUAUAUAUUUAAUUAUAUAAUAAGAUAUUAAAGGUCAAGGAAGGAAAACUGGAUACUUGUUUUCUUCAAAAUUUAAUUGUUUCCAUGUGGAACCAUCUUUAUUAUGAAAGGUGGUUAUUAUCUUUUAUUUAACGAAUUUGUUAUUGUGAUAAACAGGAACUAUGUAUUGUUAUUGCUGAGCAACAGAAUAUUAAAUUAUGAGUGGUGCA